AUGAGCGGGAUAUACAGGUACAAUUUGACAGGACAAGUGAGUGAAAAAGGCGAUGUUUACAGCUUCGGAGUAGUUCUUUUGGAGCUAAUCACAGGCAAAACAGCAAUAGUUAACAGAAUCAUGAAUUUGGGCCAAUGGGUUAGAAGUGUGCUCGAACGAGGAGAUAUAGUUAGCAUACUAGACCCGAAUCUAAGAAGUGAUGUUGACGAUAACUAUCUGACUGUUUGGAAAACGGUAGAGCUAGCUGUCCGAUGCAUUCAGUUAGAUGCAUCGGAAAGGCCUACAAUGACUCAAAUUGUGUCCGAACUCAAGGAGUGCUUGAUUAUGAUAGACGCAGGCGCUUCUAGUUCGGCUAAAACAACCUCUAUGGAAAUGAUGAGUGCAGCUGUUUCGAGUAGUACCAUGUCUCCUACACCGCGCUAG